UAUUUAGGCAGCCUUUUCCACCUGUAUUGUGUGGGAUCUUGUUUUUGUGUAGCUACCUGUGGGCAGCACAGAACGUCAUGUUUGUGUUUGAUUGAUAUGUGACCAGACCAGUCCUCUUCAGGAUUGUGAGGUCUCCUCUCUGAGAGUUAUAAUGAGUUAUCAUCAGGGGGCUGAGGGUGGAGCCAUGCCUAAAGAAAGACGUAAGGAUGGGUCACCAAACAAGGAUCUUGAUGAUACCAUGGACCCUGAUAUGAAGAGGGGCCAAUUAGAGAGAGCAGAGUCUAUUUCCUCUGGUAAUCUAUCAAUGAAGAGUGGCGAAUCCAUGGAUAUCCCUAUUAGUUUCAAAGGAGCAGACUCUCUACAAAACAAAGGGCCAGGAGAGGUACCCUGUGAUGUCUGUGAGGUCCAAGCUGUGAAGUUCUGUCAGACCUGCACUCUCUCCUACUGUGGGACCCACGUUAAGAAGCACUACACACUACCUAAAAACUAA